AUGCAUGACGCAUCUUUUAUGGCUGGAUUAGCAUUUAACAAUGCAUGGUUAGGAAUUGUACAUUCAUUAUCUCACCAAGUUGGUGCAUUAUACGGUAUUCCUCAUGGUGCUGCAAAUGCAAUCUUUUUACCAAACGUAAUUCGUUACAAUGCAAAAGUUUCAACUCGUUUCCCAGAUUUAGCAAAAGUUAUUGGAAAAGAAACAGCUGAAGAUUUAGCACAAGCAAUCGAAAAAUUACGUUCUGAUGUAAAUAAUAUUUCUUCAAUCAAAGAAUUUGGAAUUUCUAAAGAAGAUUGGGAGAAAAACUUAGAUUAUAUUUCAAACAAUGCAUUAGUUGAUCCUUGUACAGGUUUCAACCCACGAGUUCCAGUUUUAGAAGAUUUAAAAGCUAUCUAUAACGCUUGUUACGAAGGUGUUGUUUUUGAAGGAUAA